AUGUCAUGUUGCUUUCUUUUAGAAACUUUAAACGAUAAUCGUAGAUGGAUUAAUAAUAUAAUAACAAUUGAAUUACUUCAAAUGGAAACAAAUUCAUCAUCUGCAAAUUUAUUAUCUCGAUCAAAAAAAUUACCACCACCUCCAUUAUGUUUGCCUGCAACAAAUACGAUGACAGAUGAAGAAAAAAUUCUAAAUUCUAAUCAACAACGUGAACGAAAGAAAUCAUCGAAUAAUUGUUGUUUAUCAUCAUCAUCAGAAGAUUGUCCACAUAAAUCUAUAACAUAUAUUCUUCCUUAUAGUCAACGUCCACAAAUACUUGAAACAUUAAUAGGAUCUUCAUCAGUAUUAUUAGCACCACCACCAUCAGAAACAAAACAUAAAAAAGCAUAUACGGCAGCGUAUGCUAAUCAAAUAAAUUUACUUAAACAACGUCAAUCAACAUCCAAAGGGACAGUUACUGAUGCUGAAUGGCUUGAUUUUAUGCGUUUAGUUGUACAUAAACCGUUAGAAAAUGAAUUGAAAUUAUUACUAGAUAAAUAUAAAAUGACUUAUUUUGAUCGAGUUAAUGCACCUAAUACAACUGACGAUACUAUUCGUUCAAGUUUAUGUUCUAUUGUAACUGAGACUUUGGCCACAUACUCAUCAACUUCAAUAUUACCAUCAGAAACAACUGAUGAACUAACAACAAAUGCUUGUUCUCCUAUUCCAACAAUAACUAUUACAAAUAGUGGCAGUAUAAAACGAAAACGAAAGAAUACUGGCACCACUGUAUUUAUAUCUGCGCCUUUACCAAUACAUAGUCAAACAAAAUUUGUUAUUAGUCACAUUAUACCCGGUAAAUAUGAUAAUAACAAUAAUGGUAACAAAAUAAUAAAUCAACAAAAACAAUUUCAAAAGAAAUAUAGUCAUCUAUUUAAAUAUACACCAAGUAAAGAUGAAUUAGCACAUCUUUUACGUGAAGGUCAUGUAAAAAAUUCGUUAGUUUCUCGUUCGCUAAAUAAUAACAGUAUUUGUUUUAUGUUACUUGAUGAAGUUGUUAAUAAUAUGGAUGAUUAUGAUCUUGAAUUAAGUGGAAUAUCAAUUGAUGAUUCAUUUCUAUUACCUGAAACAUUACUUACAAAUAUAAUUUCUACUCUUCAGUAA